GGCAGGGCUCCUCGAGGGGCAGGGCAGACUGAUGCCACACCGGCUCUCCGAGGCCAGGCUUAGUCCGCGCGCUGGCAGUUGGGCCCAGAGCCAGUCUGCAGGCUAGGCAGGCUAGGCGGGGAGCGGCUGGGCUGGGCUGGGCUGGGGAGCCGAGAGGGGCUGGGAGGCACAACUGCGCUCCCUUCAGUCUCCAGACCGGACCCCAGAGGAGGCUCCGCCCGCCCGCCCGCCCGCCCGCAGAUGCCGGCUUGAGCCCCGGGAGGAGGCGUCUGAGCGCCCCGGCCCCUCCCACGGGCUGUGAGGCUGCCUCAAAGAGAGCAAAGAGGCCUGGGGGUGGGGUGGGGCGCUUGGCGGGAGCCCUCUUGAGACGCCUGGGUUGUCGCAAAGGCCUUCCGGGAAGAUGCCUCUGGUUUUAUGCCACCUGGCUGAAAAAGAAGAGACCCUCCGUGGAGACCAGGACUCGUGGCUGUGAGGGGUCUUGAAAGCAGAUGGCUGCUGCCACCCCGCCUGAUCCGGGGGCCCCGGCCUGGUGGUAUUGCUUUUUCCUCUACGAUGGCUCAAAGGUGAAGGAAGAAGGGGACCCCACACAAGCUGGGAUUUGCUAUUUCAACCCCUCUCAGACUCCUCCGGACCAGCAGGAGCUGCUGUGUGGACAGAUAGCCGGCGUGGCCCGCUGCGUGGCCGAGAUCUCUGGCUCACCGCCAGGCCUCAUCCGGCUGAGGAAGCUCAAAUUUGCCGUGAAAGUGGAUGGAAGCUAUCUCUGGGUGCUGGGCUGCACUCCUGACCUCCCAGAUGUCAGCUGUCGGCGGUUCCUGGAGCAGCUGAUGGGGCUCUUCUAUUUCUACAAUGGGCCGGCCCAUCAGGCUUACAUGGGGCAUCUGCAGGAAGUGCUGGGCCAGAAGUGGGAGAUGUACGUGACUCACUUGCAGCGGAGCACCAGCAGUCUGCACCGGAUUUUCAACUCCCUUUGGACUUUAGACAAAACCAAAGUAGAUCCUUUGCUCUUGCUGAAAGCGGCCCUGAUCCUGCAGACCUGCCAGCGCACUCUGUACGUGCUGGCCGGGUGCAUCCUCUACAAGGGGCUGAUUGUGAGCACCCAGCUGCCGCCCGACCUCACCGCCAGGGUCCUGCUGCAGGAAGUGGAGCUGGAGGGCAGGCCGGAAAGUGAAGCUGUGCUGCAGGACCAUGGAAGUGCUCUGCCAACUUCUGCAGGAUCCCCCUUACCUCGGGGGGUCCAGAUCACCCCUGUUUACCUCUCGGAAGAUGAAGCCGCCGCCCUCCGGGACUUCCCUGUGGAGUGGAUGCCCAGCCGGCGUCAGGGGGGCCCUGCCGGCAGCCCAGAGGGCCCGUCGUGCUUGGGCAGGGCCAACGGGCCGGCCAGUGACGUGCCCGUGAGGAUGGUCUUGUACACCCACCGCGUCCGAGGCUUGGUCCUUUGCCUUCUGGGCGAAGAGCAGUUGGCCGACAGCAGAGGCUCCGUGGAGGACGUGUAUCACAGCAGCCUGGCCUCUCUGAAUGGCUUGGAAGUCCACCUGACGGAGACCCUCCCAAAGGACAGCCUCUCCUCGGCCAAGACCAGCUACGGCUUCGCCCACCACGAUUCCAUCCAGAACGUUCUCACCACCAACUUCCUGCCCACCAGCAGCCCCCCGGACCGGCCCUUCCUGAGAGCAGCCAGCCUGAUCCAUGCCAGCUUUGACCAGCUGCCCACCGCAUCGGAAUUCACUGUCCGAAAUGCCUCCACAGCCGUGUACGCCUGCCGGAAUGCCAUCCAGGAGACCUACUUCCAGCAGGGGGGCUCCCCGCUCCGCAACUCGGGCGUGCCCAACCCUCACGACAGCGCCUUUGGAUUGCCCAGCAAGGCCAAGCAGAAGCUGCUCAAGCACGGCCUCAACCUCCUGUGAUGAGCCAGCUGGGGAAGCGACACACCGCCGGGACACUGCGGGAUGUGCUGCGGGCAAAGUGCCCCUCCCUCCUGGGGGGGGUGGGGUUCCUCCUGCGCUGCAUCAUGGGCCCUGACCGAUGUCUGGCAGGGCAGAAGGAGUGGGGGCUGUG